UGUUACUUCGCAGGGAUGAUUCAACCUGGGAUGUCUUUUUGCUCUUCAGAGGAAGAUGAAGGCUGCCCUGUCAUCCUUGUUUGUGGCCCCAAAAGUGUUGGCAAGUCCACUUUUAACCGAUACCUGAUUAAUCUUCUGCUGAACUGCCUUCCCUGUAUUGAGUUUUUGGAAUGCGAUCUGGGGCAGACGGAGUUCACGCCUCCUGGCUGUAUUUCUCUAAUUAAUGUGAUGGAACCGUCUCUGGGUCCACCGUUCACCCAUCUCCGCACUCCCCGCAAAAUGGUAUACUUUGGCGAAACCAGUUGCGAACAGGAGACGGAAAGAUACCUCGACACGCUUAAAUAUGUGUUCAGUGCCUAUGAGAGAGACGUGCCUCUGGUGAUCAACACAAUGGGAUGGGUGAAAGGUACUUUGAUUGUUCUCUCUGAUCGACUUAUUAUUCUGGCUAGUUGUCGCUCAGUCACAUUGCUCAAAACAGACUGAAGAGACAACUUCAAAGACAUGCCUCAGCUCUCCCCGGAGUAUACCUCCAGUGCCCCAGGCUUGCACACGAAAGGCAAAGGGCCCCCCAAAUGCAAGGGCCUGGCAAGUGGGUCAGAGGACUUGGAGCUGUCCAGGGGCCGAGCAGACUUUCAUCCGUCACAUGCGGGGCACAAGCUGCUGUGGGUCCAGCCAGAGUUCCCUGGGGCAGGGAUCGCUGGAGAUGGGCGAACCCACAGCAGUGUUCUCCGGGACAUGGCGGUUCUAGCAUACUUGGGCCAGUUGCAGCCGUCCAGCAUGGAACUGGUGCUUCCUUUGCACAGCCUGGUGCCCUAUCAGGUACCUUUCAGCGCUGUCUCCAUCAAGGUUAUUCAUACAGACGUGGCUCCUGCCCACAUACUGUAUUCUGUCAACGCCAGCUGGGUUGGCCUUUGCCAAAUACCGGAUAAGGUCCAGGGUAAAGAAGACGGGCCGGUUUUAUUAACGCAGACACCAAUCUGCGAUUGCCUGGGCUUUGGAAUUGUCCGAGGUGUAGACAUGGAGAAGAAACUCUAUCAUAUUCUGACUCCAGUAGCGCCGGAGAAUUUACGAUUUGUGAAUUGUUUGCUCAUUGGAAACAUCCCAGUUCCUAAUUGCGUGUUCCUGAACCAACCAGGAAUUGAAGGGGAAAUACCGUACGUCACGUCAGAAUAUAACUAUCGCAUUUCAGGUGCUGGGAAACUGAAACAGAAAAAGCAUCUCAAGAGGAGAGAGCACGUUCGGCCAUAAACUCCUGUUCACAGCUUUGCUGGCAGGGACUGGUUUGGAGAAUUUGGCCUGUUCUUAGGGGACCUCCCUCCCACCAGAGAGAAGCUACAAUAUUGACAUCUGAUAGUAUAAUGCCAGUCCUCUGAGUCGUUAUUACCGUGUACUUUUUUAUGAUUUUAAAAUUAAACAUCUGCUAUAAA